AUGGCUGCUCCGUCAUUGAACAAGAGGUCGUUUGCGGAUGCUGCCAAGGCCAGUCAAGUCACAAGCAUCGAUAGGUGUGUCGCAUUCAACUGCAACAAAAGUGCCAAAAAGGGAUCGGGAAUAUCCUUUUACAACUUUCCGAAAGAUCCUGAGCUGCGAAGUAAAUGGAUAUCUGCAACAAAAAGGAAAAACUUCAACCCUUCCAAGCAUGCCCGUAUAUGCAGUUUACAUUUUACCCAGGACCAAUUUCAAAUCCGACCAAACAGCAAUUUUGAAUUGUUAAAACCUGACGCUGUGCCAUCAGUAUUCGACUUCCCUCCUCAUCUAGCUUCAGCACCACCAAAGAAAAGAAGGAUUAUAAUUAAAAAACAGGACAUCUGUGUAUCUGAUGACAUCUGUGUAUCUGAUGAUAUCCAGACACCAACUGCUUUGUUGCCGAAACAUGACGAUUCCUCUCCUAGUACAUCAAUUAUCAUUCCAUCAUGUGAAAAACCAGAUGAAAUCCAGUGUAUUAGUAUUACGAACAAACAGACGCCACAAACACCAACCAAAAAUUUGCUUCGACGGAAAAUCAAGAUUCUACAACAACGGUUAAAGAGGAGAGAAAAGAAGAUAAAAACAAUGAAAGAUGUGAUUAUUUUAUUAAAGAAAAAAAUUAAUGCUCCAGAUAGACUAUGCAUGUCACAUGCUGAAAUUAGCCAGAAAUACUUUGGCGGACAAAGGUACCAUUCAGACAGAUGA